UCAUUUUCAAGCCGCCGAGCGAACACAGUUGUGACCCAGAAAACGAGUCGAAUUGUGCCGCAAAUAUUGAACUCGAGUCAAUAGAACGAGGCGGGCAGGCUCAGUUUUUAGCAGCUGUCCGUUUGCGCUGCUGCUGAGAAAAGAAGGCGGGGUGAUUAUUUGGCAGCUCGCUUCCCGGAGGGCAUCUCGAGAGCGAUGAGCCCGACGCGUCGUCUGCAGUGGCCGUUGUGAUCCUCCGCUUUCUUCGACUCCCACCCCCACCGCCAAAAUCGGAGCCAGCCAGACAGCGGACCACCCGGCGAAAACAAGCCGGAAAUCGAUGCUCCUCGGCCCGCAUCCGUGCUUGUUUUGACCUGCUCGAAAAAGGAAUCCUGCAAGAAGGAUUUGCGGUCCGUCAAUGAGGAACUACCGGCUCAUCUUUUGCCACAACCUGAAGCAGCCAUAGAUGGUUCAGUGUUUUGCUUUCUAGGGAGGAGCGCAUAGGACACCCUUUCACUGCUACACGACGUGAGGUCUUGGUGUGGUUGUGGCGAGGAGGAAGGGACCAUGAGGAAGAGCUUGUCUCCGUUGCCAGGCAACGAGGGCGGGGGCCCAACCAGCACCGCCCGUGUGUUCGGCGUGCCCCUGGAGGAGGUGACGCGCACGCACACGCUUGGCGGACUCGAGGUCCCGGCGCUUGUCAAGGACAUCGUGGAUUUCAUCGAGGAGCAUGGUCAUGUGGACUUGGAGGGUCCCUUCCUGGUCAACGGCAACGCCGAGCGUGUGGGCUGGCUGCGGCGGCGCUACGAUAGUGGCGAGGAGGUGGCGUUGGACAAGGAGGCGGACCUGGCGUCGGCCGUCAGUCUGCUGCGGCUCUUCCUGCAGGAGCUCCCCGAGCCAGUCAUCCCGGCGCCCAUUCAAGGACCCAUUCUGCAGCUGCACCAAGAAUACAGCAGUGAGGAGGAGCUGUGCCGCAACCUGAAGUUCCUGCUGCAGCAGCUUCCGCAGCUCAACUACGGCCUUCUGCGCUUCCUGUGCCGCUUUUUGGCCAGCGUGGGGGCGCUGCAGCGCGAGAGCUGGAACGUCAGAGCGCUCGCCGCCGUCUUCGGGCCUGACAUCUUCCAUCUGUCGACAGAAGGCGAGGACCUGUGCGACCAGGAGUCCGUCAGCCGAGUUUUGACCGGUCUGCUUGACAAUCAAGAGGGCCUGUUUGACUCGGAGGACGACGACGUCUCCACCACCAACGACUACAGCUCCAUCAAUGAACAGAUCACGGAGCUGCUGGAUGACGACAAGUGUGAGGCGGAGUGCGAGGACCUGCCCCAGGAUAGCGAGGACGGUCCCGCCUCCUCCAAUUCACCGCCACUCAACGACCCGGCCGACAGCUCCCAUCUCUCCCCGGUGCCCAUGCUGCCUGCUGACUCUGCAGAGAUCAUCGAGCGAACCAUCAGGGUGGCAGUGGAGCACCAUUUCUUUGAACUCAAAUCCUCUAUUGACCAGGACCUCGGCAACUUUGACAGCCAACAAGGUGACACAGCGCAGCCUGCUGGUCGCCAUGGUGAGCUUCAGCAAAAAGAAGACCAGAAAGAAACACAAGAUGCACUGGGGCCGGAGGAGGAGGGUUCCAGAAUGGAGUUGGAUGCUGUCCGAGAUGCCGAGAACAACCUCAGCGCCACUAGGGGGGACAAUCAGCCCGGUGAUACCACAAGUUGUGACAUUUCUUCGUGCGACCAGAAUGCCAACACCAGCCAAACGUCGAGCAGUGACCACACUCCCCACAUCCAGCUCUUCCCCAACCACCAAUGGGACGCACCACCUCCCCCUCACCUCCACCUCCCUCCCAUAGACUUCUCAUGUAUGCACCUGCAGAAGGAAGGCCAAGAUCCAGUUCCGGCCUUCAAGUCGUGGCAGGGGGACAGUGAGAGCGGCGAGGCUCAGCUGUCCCCGCUGGCGGGCCGCAUGGUUCCCCUCCCACUGCUCCCCCUGGAGGAGGACGACGACGGGGACGAGGGCAGCGGCGAGGGCGGGCGGGAGGACGCCUCGCCCUCCCGCUCGCACCCGCACCUCCUGGCGCGACGCUUCCUGGACUUUGGCGUGCAUGGCGCCCAGCGCUUCCUGCACCAGGACGCCGACGCCACCUCGCCCACCAAAGCACACAGGCCGAGGCGAGCGUCGUUCGGCUCCAAGGAGGCGCUGAGAGGCGCCGACUCAGUGACGCACCAGCUCACCAGGAAGCUUCAACACCUCAAGAAGAAGAUCAAACAGUUUGAGGAGCAGUUUGAGAAGGAGAAGAACUACAAGCCGUCUCACGGCGACAAGGCAUCUAACACCAAAGUCCUCAAGUGGAUGACCGACCUCACCAAGAUCCGCCGGCAGAUUAAAGGACGCCAGCACCACCUUUUUCCCAGGAGCACGCUGAGGCACCAGGCUGUGCUCCAGUCACACAGGCGCCACCCCGCGCCGCCCGCCCCCUCGCCCCCCUCACAUUGCGCACUCGCCCCCCACUCGGGCCCGUGUCACCUCAACGCCAAACAUCGCGCCGAGAGCGAGCUGGGCCCCCAGACUCGCCCUCGCAGCAACACGCUUCCCAAGAGCUUCGGCUCCACGCUGGAGCAGACGGCGUCCCGCCAGGCCGCCGUGCCGCAGCCCACCCGCGAGGAGACCCUGGAGCUCAUCCAGCGACGCGUGACCGGCAAGCGGCAGGAGGACGGCUGGCCCGACGACAUCAAGAAGAUGACAAAAGAGCAGCUGUCCUGCGAGAAGACCGUCCUCCAGAAGAACUUGCUGCACUACGAGGGCCUGCACGGGCGACCGGUGACUCGCGAGGAGCGUCAGGUGGUGAAGCCUCUCUACGAGCGCUACCGGCUGAUCAAACAGAUGCUCACCCGGGUCGCCAUCACACCCGCCGUCACUGUGUCUCCGUCCAGUAAGAGGCGGAUCCAAACACUCCAGCCAAUCAUAGAGGGAGAAACGGCUCACUUCUGGGAAGACAUCAAAGAGGAGGAAGAGGAGCGAGCGGCAGGAGACGAAGAAGACGAGCAGCAAGAAAAGAAGGAGGAGGAAGACUACAACGAGGAGGAUGAGGACGAGGAGGAGGAGGAGGAGGAGGAGGAGGAGGAAGGAGAGAGCAGCGGAGGUGAGAUGCAGAGUUCAGAGGUCAUCAUGUCCAUGGAGACCAGCACCACCGCGGGGGAGGGCGGCUCCAUCAGGACCAAGAUGGAGGAAGGCUCCGGGAAGAUGGCGCUGGACCUCAGGCUGUCCAGCUCCAACGCUUCGUCCAUGCCAGAGCUGCUGGAACAGCUGUGGAAAGCCAGAGCAGAGAAGAAGAAACUGAGGAAGACCAUCAGAGACUUUGAGGAAGAGUUCUAUCAGCGGAAUGGCAGAAGGAGGACCGCGAGCCCAUGCUGGACGAGUACCGAGCCUACAAGAGACUCAAGGCCAAGCUGCGUCUUCUCGAGGUGCUCAUCAGCAAACAGGACUCCUCCAAGUCCAUAUAGACGCGCGCACACAGAUCUCACCGUUUGAUUGACAGCAGCCUCGACCAGUCACUGCUCCCGCGUAGCAUCCAACCAACCCAAGCGGAACUCAGUUGUCACCGGGGCCUCAAAGAGUUGUCGCUCUUGAGGCCUCGUGACUUUUUAGUCGUCCUUUUAACACAAAAAUGUUCACGCUCAUUUCCUGUCUUUUUUUUGUUUUUGUUUUGAUGAACAAAAAAAAAACAAAAAACGUUUUGUUCUUUUCCUCUUAAUGUGAGAAACUCCUCCAACCUCGUGAUCACGGCGCUGGUGGUUUCCUGCCGGCAGGUCCCUUGAGGAGUUAGUGGAAAGCUAAAAGCCAGCGUUUCAGAGGCAAAGACAUGUUUUUGUGACGUCGCGAUGUUAAAAAAGAAAAAGAAAAAAAAAAGAAGAAAAACUGUUAUUUGCACAGCGUUCUUCAGAAUGCAGCCCUAUUUGUGUGUUGUCAAGAUGAAGCACUACUUCUAUACAAAUAUAAAUAUAUAUUGUGUACAUAGAACCACGCAAAGGAUGAAUGUCAGAAAUGUUUAAAUUAUUUCAGUUGCCCUCUCAUUGUUUUUGUUUGUUUCAUGAUUGACUCGCCAUGAUUGUUUUUAAUUGUCUGUGAUUUCUCAUAUCUAUGAAUUGUUAGUGUGUGACAAUUACUUUUUUUAUUUACUCAGAAAAGUGUACAAAGCAGAUUUAGAAUUUGUGUGUGUGUGUGAGAUCCUGCUCGUCUUGUGACGUUUCAAAGAUUUAAAAGAAAAAAAAUCUUGCAUGUUACAACAUAGCAACAGUGACACAAUCUUUUGUUUCUGUUAUUUGUGCCAUAAAGAAGCAGCAAUAAUAA